AUGCUCAGCCCCCAUGGUCAGGGGUCUUACAUUGAGCCACCCUCUAUACCAACUGAUGCUGAGAAGGAUGUUGAAGCAUCCAAAGGAGGUUCUAGCCCACAUGCUAACACUGCCACUGGGUCGUUUGACAGUGGAUCUAAUACUGAAGCCUCCACUGAUGAGGAAGUAAACAAAGAAAGUACUCCUGAACAUGUGGCUGAUUCUGAGCCAGAAAAUGAAGCUGGUAAGGAUUCUGAGAAAACCACCAAUGAAGAACAGAACAUAGUGGAUGUUGAUGAGGUUCCCUCUGAAGAAGAUCUGCAACCUCCACCUACUCAGAAAGGAAUUGGAAGAAGACUGAGAAGCAGGACCACUACACCUGUUACCACUACCCCUGUUGCCACCAAGAAAACAAACGACACUACUUUGAAGCCUGUCAAGUAUGGUCCUAAGAAAGAAUGGAGCAAGUCUAUACCUCAUCCUGAGAAGAAAAAGGGUGUGCUGAAAAGGAAGAGUGCACCAUCAAGUGACUCUGAUUUUGAAGCUGAAAAGGAUGACUCAAGCAUCAAGCCUCCUGCUAAGAAGGCUAUGUCUGCUAAGAAGGCCAUGCCUCAAGCUGCUGCUCCUGACACUGAAGACUUCCCUUGUGACAAUGUUUCAUUUCAUCUUCCAUCUUAUGCUAAACGAUGGGGAAUCAUUUGCAAAAGAAGAUUGGCUCUGGAAAGGGAACUAGGCAAAGAUAUUCUGGAAUGUGAAGAGAUUGUGAGUUUGAUCAAUGAUGCUGGAUUGAUCAAAACUGUGUGGGGCUUAGGCUCUUGCUAUGAGAAGCUGGUUAGGGAGUUUGUUGUCAACAUUCCUAUAGGUUGUGACAAUCCCUUGGACAAAGAAUAUCAGAAGGUAUAUGUUCGAGGAAAAUGUGUGACAUUCUCUCCAUGUGUGAUCAACAAGGUGCUGGGUAAUGCUGAUGAUCCUCAUCCUGACAUAGAGGUAUCUGACAAUGUGGUUUGCAAAACUAUCACAGCUGAAAAGGUGAAAACCUGGCCAAAGAAGGAGAAGGUACCUGCAGUCAAGCUAACCCAAAAGUAUGCCAUCUUGAAUCGUAUUGCAUCUGUCAACUGGGUUCCUACUACACAUGCAUCUGACAUUGCCACAAAUCUGGUUAUGCAGCAUGCUAAGACCUCUGUCACCAAGCAACCCAUUGCAUUUCCAACUUUGAUCUGUGACAUCAUCUUGUCCCAACCUCCUAAUAUAAGGCAUGAGGGUGAGUCUACUAAGAAAAGGGCAACUCCUCUAGCCAUUCAUCAGAAGCUGUACAGUAAACAGCAUGCUCCAGAUAUUGUUGGACCAUCAAAUGCUGCUGCUGACACUCCAAUGACAAGGAAGGAGAUGAUUGCAAUGCUGGAAGCAAACUGUAAGGAGUUAGAUGAAAAGAAGUUGCAGUUUGAAAGGAUGAUACAUGCUCUCAGGGUUGAAGAAGCUGCAGCUCAAGCAGCUGAUGCAGGUGAUGAUGAAUUGUACGACCACAGUGGCUGUGAUCAAGAGGAAGUGAGCAGAGGUUCUCAUACCUAG